AUGAUACGUCCAUCGUUAUCCCAUGUGAUUGUCAGAAACGCCCAAAAGUCCUGCGACACUGACAGGCAUCCUCAACCCAUCUCUCUACCCAGAACCACCACCAUGGCCGUCCCUGCUGAUUUCUCCAUCCUCAACAUCUCCGGCAAGUUCACCAUGAACAAGACCCUUACUGACCCCCGCACCGAUACCAUCUUGUCCCUCCAAGGUGUUGGUUGGUUCAAGAGAAAGGCUAUCAGCGUUGGUACCGUCACCCUUUCGAUCAAGCACUACAAGGAUGACGAAGGUGUUGAGCACGUUGAUAUCGAUCAAACCAUCACUGGUGGUAUUCCUGGAACCAGCGAGAUCAGGACCCUUUGGUGGAAGGAGAGAGAAAGUGAGGACCAUAUCUUCGGGCAUAUCAUCGGCAAAUCGAGGAGGAUAAAGGCGGAGGAGCUCGACGUUCCGUUCCUUCAGCAAGGCUGGACAGCAGACACCCUUGAGCACGGCGUCAUCCAGUCCUAUGUCGAGAGCAACACCCCGAAGAGUGGCACUACUUGGAUUGCUAACCAGUCCUGGGGCGUUGAAGAGAUCAAUGGCGAGAGGCGGUACGCCCGACACCUCAAGUUCACCGGCCCAGGAGGCGAGGACAUCGAGGCGAAGCUUAUUUACGACUACCUCGGUCCUCUUUAA